AGCUUUGCAUGGUGGAGAAAUCGAGAGGGAAAGGUUGGCCAAGGAUGAGAAGGUUUCGGGUUUCAGGGUUUAUGCGAAUGAGGGUUUAAGAAGACAGCCUGGGGUGGCAGUGGCAUGGGUACAAGAGAAGAGGAAAGAUGGAGCAUCGGCAUCGGGAUUUGAAACGGGCGCUAUCUGCACUCUGAUAAAACGGGCGACCGUGAGCAGUCGAAUGUCAGCAGCAGCAGCAGCAGCAGCAGCAGCAGCAGCAGCAGCAGCAGCAGCAGCAGCAGCAGCAGCAGCAGCAGCAGCAGCAGCAGCAGCAGCAGCAGCAGCAGCAGCAGCAGCAACAGCAACAGCGUUUGCAGCCCUGAAAGCAGCAGCACUGAGAGGAGCAGUAGCAUUCAGAGCAGCAGCAGCAAGAGCAGGAAGCGGGGAUGGAGGGAGAGGGAGGUGCUUCAGCCGGCCAAUCUGGUGUCCCUUGCCCGCCUAG